AUGCUGGCUCGUUCAGUCCUGCGCACCGCGCCCGCGCGGGCCAUCGCUCGUCAGGGCCUCCGUCAGAACUCGCGAGCCGCUUCCACGACAUCCGGUGCUGCUGAGAAUGCCAGCUCUCCCUUCUACCUGACCGCGACCGCGACUGCUGCCACCAUCGCUUCGAUCGGCUCCGCUGCUUGGUACUACCAUCUGUACGGCCAGGAGGCCUAUGCCAUGACCCCUGCCGAGGAGGGAUUGCACCCAGCCCAAUACCCUUGGGAGCAUGCCAAGUGGACCAAGACCUUUGACCACCAAGCUCUCCGCCGUGGUUUCCAGGUUUACCGUGAAGUCUGCGCAAGCUGCCACUCCCUCACCCGUGUCCCUUGGCGUGAUUUCGUCGGUGUCAUGCACACCGUCGACGAGAUGAAGGUGAUGGCCGAAGAAAACGAAUACGACACCGAGCCCAACGACGAGGGUGAGAUCGAGAAGCGCCCCGGAAAGCUCUCGGAUUACAUCCCUGCCCCAUACAAGAACGACGAGGCUGCCCGUGCCGCCAACAGUGGUGCCUUACCCCCGGAUCUGAGCUUGAUCGUCAAGGCCCGUCACGGUGGCUGCGACUACAUCUUCUCCCUCUUGACUGGUUACCCCGAUGAGCCCCCUGCUGGUGCCUCGGUCCAGGAAGGAUUGAACUUCAACCCCUACUUCCCGGGUACCGGUAUCGGUAUGGCUCGUGUUCUCUUUGACGGCCUUGUCGAAUACGAAGAUGGCACCCCUGCCACCACUUCCCAGAUGGCCAAGGACGUUGUCGAGUUCCUCAACUGGGCCGCCGAGCCCGAGAUGGACGAGCGUAAGAAGAUGGGUCUCAAGGCCUUGGCCAUUUCGGCCGGUCUUUUCGCCGUCAGUGUCUGGGUCAAGCGGUACAAGUGGGCCGCGAUCAAGUCGAGAAAGAUUGUCUACAACCCCCCGGUGCGACGCUAG